GCUGAGGAGCGGGUUCGGGUUCGGGUCCGGGUUCAGGCGCCACGGAUCCGGGAUGGCCGCCCGCGUGUGGUUGGAGCCCGGCUACAAGUGCCUGAGCGACGAGCCGGUGCGGGUGCGGGUGGGCGGUUUGUCGCCGCUACAACCGGUCACCAUGAGGGCCGGCCUGAGCGACGAGAAGGGCGAGACUUUCGGCUCGGCGGCUUUCUACCGGGCGGACGAACGGGGCGAGCUGGACCUGAACCGCUCGCCAUCCCUGGGCGGCCACUACACCGGCACCGAGCCCAUGGGGCUCUUCUGGUCGCUCACCCCCGUCAAACCUUUCAGUCGGCUGGUGAAGAGGGACGUGGCCGGAUCGCCGCUGCGGGUCCACAUCGAGGUGUUUGACGGGCACGACGGCGACGCCCAGGAGCGGCCCCUGGCCUCCUGUGUCAAUGAGCGGUGGUUCAUGAAGGAAGGGGUGACCAGGAUCCCGGUCAGAGAGGGCAGGGUCCGCGGGGUGCUCUUCGUCCCACCCGGUAAGACAUCCCACGAAGUAGACAGUAAAACAAUCAUUCAUAUUAUAAGUAACCAAAUGUACUGUAUUUCUUUUAUAAAAUACUCAUUUUGCUUUAACGCUUCAAAAAGUUUUAUUGAUUGUUUCUUCAUUCCCGCGUCACCUAAGCCUCUACUGGCAUUUGGUGCUUGCAACCAUCUAUUCCGAUUAGCUGAAUAG